UAAACAGCAAGUGUGGGUAUUGCUGAUAGUAAGACCAGCUUUAGAUAACUUUGUGAGGACAAUGGUGGUAACUGAGUGUUAACGUUAAGAGCUAACGAGUCGCUGACGUUUUAAAACCAUGACGGCUGCUAAUGAGAUGUAUGACCCUAAUAUGCGGGAGAUGGCUAAUUCAGUCAUCUCUGAUGCUGAUGAAACUACAGAGGAGCAGGACAGUUUUUUAUUUCACGAUGAAGAGGAUUUUGAUGAUAUUCCACCAUCCCUGCUCAGCUACUUUGAAACCUCAAAAAGCAGAGCAGCAAUCUGUGAGAAGCUCAUCCUCGAGGAACCUGAAGAUUUCACUGCAUCAAAUCACAGCGAGGACAUAAUGAAGUUGCCUAUUGAACUCGAUAAGGAUAUGAUAAAACUGAGUGAGCAGGUCAUUUGUGACACAGAAAAUGAGCAGAACAACACUUCUACUGACACCCGCCCUCUUCCUGCACCCACAGAGACAGAAGCGCUUUUCCCUCACAAAGUCUCAGUGUGUCCAAACAAUGAAGAUGAAGUGGGAACAAAUAAAUACAUGGAGAAUGAGACGAAUUUGACAUUGGACAUGAGGAACCUUGAGAUCUCACUGAAUGAAAAGGAGAGAAAGAAAAGCAGUGAAUACGAGGCAGAGCGAGAGAAACAACACUGUGAGGAGAUGAAGAAGGAAGAGCAAAAGAGACAAAUUGAAAGAGACUUUCAGAAGGAGCUGAGGAAGAUAAUGGAAGCCGAGAAGCUCCAUCAGAAGGAACUUGAGUUGAUGGAAAAAAGAGCUCAGGAAAAACUUGAACAGGAGUUUCUGCUUCAGCAGGAACUGAUCAGCAACUUACAGAGACGAGUGGAGGAAGAGAUUAGGAUGAGGGAAGAGGAGCAGAAGAGAAUGAAGGAUGAAGAGGACAAGAGAAAAAGGGAAGAGGAGAAAAAUAAGAUAGAGGCAGAGAGGAAACGAAUGGAGGAAGAGGCAAGGAAGAAAGAAGAAGAGAGAAAAAUGGAAGAGGAGAGGAAAAACGAGGAAGAGAAAAAGAGGAGAAUAGAGAAGGAGGAAAAGAGGAAGAGAGAAGAGGAAAAAAACAAGAUAGAUUUGGAAAAGAAGAGGCUGGAGGAUGAAAAGAGAAUGAUGGAAGUAGAAAAGAAGAAAGAAGAGGCAGAGAGGAUGAGGAAGGAGGAGGAGGAGAAGUGGAAAAGGGAGGAGGAAAGAAAAAAGAAGGAGUUGGAGAAAGAGAAAGAGAAGAGAAAAGUGGAGGGAGAGAUGAGCCGGAAGUGGCCAAAGAAAGAGGAGGAGAGAAAAAACAGGGAAGAGGAAAAUAUGAGAGUAGAGGAAGAGGGGAGACUGACUAGAAGGACUGAGGAGAAGAAGGAGCAGGUGGAGAUGGGGAAAAAGAAAGAGGAGGAGCAGGAGGAGGCUGAUGACCGAAAAAAGAUGCCUCAAGAAAAGAUGUGUGAAGUAAUCAGGAAAGGGCAUAAAAGAGAACAUGGCAAUGUAGAGGAGGAAGUGAAACUCGAGGAGAGAAAAAGGAAGGAAAAAAUGGACAGAAAAAUGAGGAUGGAAGAGGAGAAGAGAAAAAGGGAAGAGGAGAAAAAUAUGAUAGAGGUGGAGAGGAAACAAAUGGAGGAAGAGGCAAGGAGAAGGAAAGAGGAAGAGAGAAAAAUAGAAGAGGAGAGGAAAAAUGAGGAAGAGAAAAAGAAGAGAAUGGAGAGGGAGGAAAAGAGGAAGAGAGAAGGGGAAAGAAACAAGAUAGAUUUGGAAAAGAAGAAGCUGGAGGAUGAGAUGAGAAUGAUGAAGGAAAGAAAAAAGAUAGAAGAGGCAAGGAAGGAGAUGGAGAAAGAGAAGAGAAAAGUGGAGCGAGAUAUGAGCCGGAAGUGGCCAAAGGAAGAGGAGGAGAAAAAAAAGUGGGAAGAGGAAAAUAUGAGAGUAGAGGAAGAGGGAAGAGUGACUAGAGAGACUGAGGAGAAGAAGAAACAGGAGGAGAUGAGGAAAAUGAGAGAGGAGGAGGAGGAGGCUGAUGGCCGAAAAAAGAUGCCUCAGGAAAAGAUGUGUGAAGAGAUCUGGAAAAGGCAUAAAAGAGAACAUGGCUAUGUAGAGGAAGAAGUGAAACUUGAGGAGAGAAAAAAGAAGGAAAAAAUGGACAGGAAAAUGAGGACGGAAGAGGAGAAGGAGGAGGGAAGGGAGAGGGAACAGGAAAUAAAAAAGAUGGGGGAGAAGAGGGAUGUGAAGGAAGUGAUAAGAAAACAGGAAGACGAUGACAGAAAAAUGAAAGAAGAACCCAUUGAAGAGAAUGGGAGGAGGAAAAAGGAAGAUGAAUGGGAAACAAGUGAGGAAGAAAAGAGGAGGAAGCAGAAGGAAAAGGUGAGGAGACAGAGGGAAGAAGAGAAUUACAAAAAAACAGAAGAAGAAAUGAGGCUCAGGGAGGAGAGGUAUGAUGUGGACUACAGAAGGAUGGAAUAUGAGAGCAGAGCAAAAGAUGAAGAGAAGAAGCUGGAGGAGGAGAAGAGAACAAGGGAGGAGAGGAAAAAUGUAGAGGCAGAGAAGGAGCUGAAUGGGCAAGGCAUUGGACAAAACAAGGAAGAGGUUAACAGAAGAACAGAAGAAGACAUAAAACUCAAAGAAAAGGAGGAGAGCAACAAGAGAAUGGUGCAGGAUACAAAGGCAAGUGUGGGAAGAGCGAAUGAGCUGAAACAAGAACAUAACAGCAUGAUCGCUCAAAAUGAGAAAAAUAAUCCAGAUGAAAGAGGAAACUCCUCACAACUGGAAGACAGCACAACACAGGCUCCCUCAAGCACCAGUCCUUUGCCUGGUGAGUCCACAAUCUGCGCCAGCAGCACUGAAGCCAAACCACAACAACAUAAGCUGGACGAGAACGUCAUAGAUAAAACUGUGGACUGUGAAAAUCAAGCAGCAAGGCCUUCCGCUGUGUCCGUUUUUUUACCCGCGUGCCUCCCAGAGCACACAGAGCAGAAGAGGCUGUCAUGGAUGAAGGACUGCAUCCCCUGGUCCAAACUCUCCCUCCAGAACAGGAGGAAGCAGAAAGGAUCAGUCCAGAGUCGGAGAUGGCUGAGGAGGGCUGCUGAGGCCGGCAGUCUGCCACCUCUCCGCCCAGACGCUCUGCUUCAGUCCACAGGCUGGAAAUCCCUGCAGGAGGUGACCACAGUGACCCUGGAGGACUUGCCUGGCUGUAGCUUAUCCACUGUGGCUCAGUGUACUCAACUUCGGUCCCUCACCCUCAGACGCUGUGGCCUGAAAUCCCUGGAAGGCAUCAACCAGUUACCACAGCUCUGCUACAUCGAUGCACAGGAAAAUGACAUCUCGUUUGUCGACUGUGAAAAUAUGACUAGUCUUCGAGUUCUUCAGCUCAGCCGCAACAAGCUGACGUCCAUCCAUGGUUUAGCUGGUGCUGAAAAUUUGGAUGUUCUGGACCUCUCGCACAACUCCAUCACUCGCAUUGCUGGUCUGGAGUCUGUGCGGAGACUGCAGAGGUUGUCAGUGGAUCACAACCAGCUGAUCAGCACCAAAGGGCUAAGGGACGUAUACACUCUCCUCCACUUGAACUGCGCACACAACCACCUGGCGAGUGUUGAUGGCCUGGAGAACAGUGUUCUGCUCAACACCCUGGACCUGAGAUCAAACAGCCUUACUGAGCCCCCCAGUCUGAACAAUCAGGUCCUCCUCAGAGAGCUGCAUCUAGACGACAACAGCAUCUCCUCCCUGCAGGGCCUCACUGCUUGCUGGCUUCCCCUCAUGCAACAUCUCUCUGUGGCCCAAAACAGAAUUACCCAGCUGCCCUCCAUGUCUGAUUCUGUGUCCCUUGAAAGUCUGGAUUUUCAGUUCAACUGCAUUUCAGACCUCCAGAACGUGUGUGAGAGUCUGGAGGGAUGUCAGUUCCUGCGAGAGAUCCGCCUCACGGGGAAUCCUCUUCAACAGGACAGCGGCUGGAGGUCCACGCUGCAGAAAGCAGUGCCUGGCCUGAGGGCCAUCGAUGACCAGGAGACAGACUCUUCUCUAUCGCCCCCUGCUGGCCAACAGGUCAACGUGGCCCCAGGCAGCUUCCUAGCGUUCUGUCAGGCUCAGCUUCAGCAGACUUGUGAUUUACAGCAGCAGCACAGCAGGGAGCUCAGUAAAGCAUCAGGUUCCCUGGAUGCUGUGAAGACCUCCUGCCGACACUUCGCUGAGGCUCUACAGCUGGCUGCAGACCAGAGAUUUGCCCAUGAAUAUGGUGACACCACUGUGGCUGACAAACACAGGGCUGCAGGGCAAGCAAUACCUGAGGAAACACUUGACAUGGACAGUACCACUGCGUGCACUGAAGGCCCAAAAAUGGAGUCCACUGGAAAGGUUCCAUCAGUUAUUCCAAACAGUGACAGCAAUGGAUGCAGUUCCUGGACUUUUGGUGAGAAGUCAGCUGCAGAGAGACGGCAUGGAGUGUUAGACACUGUUGCAGCAGGUCCAAAGACAGGGCCAACAGUUAGCAAAGCUAACUCUGGCAGUGUCCACUCCUUGGCAUCAAAGAGAAAAUCAAUUUCCUCCAAUCACCUGGCACCUGUGUCCAACCAUCAAGACCUGGACGUCAAAAACGCGGCAGCAGUCGUGAUUCAGCAGCUGUGGAGGAAAUACAGACAGAAAUGUGGGAACAUCAGCAGCUCUUCCACAGCUGAGAAGGUAGGAGGAAGACGAGGAGAUGGAAGGAAGCCAGAGUCAGGACCGUCCUAUAUUAACGGGAGCGUUGUUGGCCGAGAUUAUGCAGCAACUGUCAUCCAGGCAUUUUGGAGGGGCUUCAGUCUGAGGAGGAGGUUCGCAGCUGCUCUGGCUGCUGUCACAUGCCCCGACAGCGAAGAGGACGACACCUUUGAGGAGGUGGACGUGGACGAAUUUGUCUUCGAUGAGGUGACGCUGGAGAAACAAUGGACAUUGUCGCUUUCUGAGGACUCACCUCCCAGAUGUUCCACUGUGUCAGAGCAGCCACUGUCUCUGAAGCCUCCUGAGCCCUUUCCUGAACCCUCCCAGUACGUACCUCCACCACCGCAUGUGUGGAGGUCAAAGCAGGCCUGGGUGGAUGGAGAACAGGUGGCCUCUACUGGGCAGAGAGUUUCCCUAGCUAGCUCCCACAGAAGCAAAUGUCCUGCCUCGGUCUCAGCGGUCAGUGGUCUCUCCGAAAGAUCAGAAAGGAUUCAGGAAGAAUGGGGCUUCACUCACCGCCACACGGCUCUUCUAAUGCUCAAGAGAGCCCAGAAGAUGACGUCAAAGAAGCAACAGCAGAAGAAAAAUCAGGAUCCCUCCGUCCACCUUGCUUUGUUCAGAAACUGCAGUUACCAGCUGGGUCCAGUGGAAGCACGGAAAAGGCAAGCCCAACACAACAGAAAUGCAAUAAAAGUUUGCGAGGCUGAGCUGGGUCUUCAGCAGGCAGACAAGACGGAGCGAGUGAAGCAGGAACGAGCCCAGCAGUGGGUGCACACCCAGGCCGCUCACUCGGACAGGGACUCAGAGAGCAUGCAUUUCUUACCGGAGAUCAGCUCAGACAUUCUGAAUGGAGGCAGAGUGCAGCUCGUGGCGGACCCAGGAUACACUGAACGUCUACAUCACGCCAGUGGAUUGUGGGCCAACAGCAGUUUAGCUGCCCAGCCUUGCAAAGAGAACAAUUAUCCUCGCAGAAACUCUUUGGGUCAUGCAAGAGACGAGGUUCCAUCUCCGAAGCGAGUCACGUCAAAAAAGGAGCGCAUCUCCUUCCGAGACAACCCCGUCCAGUUGAGCGGCGGCUGGGGAGGAGGCAAGAAGAGGAGCAAAGUGUACAAGUAA